AUGAGUGCAGACAAGCAACUCGACAUCAAGACCGGCAGCAGCCAGGAUGGCCAGGGUAACGAUGUUAGUGAGGGACAUGAGGUUUCCGCCUAUAUCGACCCGGUCAAGGAGGCUAAGAUGAUGCGAAAGUUCGACAUCUGGGCGAUCGGCGGCCUCGGAAUCCUGUACAUGUUGGCCAACCUUGACAGGCAAAUUGACAACAGGAGCAACAUUGGAAACGCGCAGAUCGCCGGCCUCCCAGCAGACCUUGGUUUGACCGGCAACCAAUAUGGCACUGCUGUCACCCUUCUCUACGCUACAUACGUGCCAUUCGAGGGGCCCGUUGCUAUUCUGCUCAAGAUCAUUGGCCCCAAGCAUUUGCUCACCUUCUGUUGUCUUGCUUGGGGUAUCGUUUGCUUAGGCACAGGCUUCGUCCAUAACUGGCAAGGACUCUACGCCUGUCGUAUGCUUAUUGGCUUCUUUGAAGCUGGUCUCAUUCCUUGCAUCAAUGUUUACAUUGGAAUGGUGUACAAGAAGUCUGAAAGGGGCAAGAGAUCGUCUAUCAUCUUUGCUUUCAGUGCAAUUGCCAGCGCCUUCGGUGGCAUUUUCGCAUAUGCACUGACUCAAAUCCGAACCGGAACGUACUUCUCGACAUGGAGAGCCCUCUUCAUCGUCGAAGGAUGCAUGACUAUCGUCAUCGCUCCGCUCUUCUGGCUGUUCUUCCCUGCCACACCAAAGGACGCUUGGUUCCUGACGCCCGAGGAGAAGGAAAUGAUGAAACUUCGCUACGAAUUAGAGCCGUCCUUCGGUAUUGACGAAGAAUUCAGUUGGAAGGCUGUCAUUGAUGGCUUGAUCGAUCCCAAGUUCCAUCUCCACUGGAUCUUCCAGUUCGCUGUCGACAUCUCUCUUUACGGUUUCACGACAUUCCUUCCCGCUAUCGUCAAUGGCCUAGGCUACACCUCGGUUACUGCCAACCUGAUGACUGUUCCCAUCUACGUCUGGGGCCUUCUCACUUUCCUCUUCACAGCCUACAUGUCCGACAAGACUGGGAAUCGCGGAUAUUGGAUCGGUGGCCCUCUUGUCUGCCUUAUCAUCGGAUACGCAUUGCUGAUCUCCGUUGAUAACUUAGGCGUCAGAUAUUUUGCCUGCUUUGUCGCCGUGAUGGGAAUUUACCCUACAACAGGAAUGAGUCUGAUGUGGCUCAGCGACAACGCCGCACAGCACUUCAAGAGAGCCACGAUGGUUGGUGGUGCCCUGACCCUUGGCAACACUGCUGGAGUUGCAGUGGGUCAAAUCUUCGUCAGCUCGGACAAGCCUCGAUAUAUCCGAGGAUUGUCUAUCGCUAUGGGUCUCGCGGCAGUUGCAUUGGCGUGUGUUGCCGCUCUCAUGAUAGGAAUGCACAUUGUAAACAAGAGGCGCGCGAAGAGAAUCAGGAAGGCGGAGGAAGAGGGGUCUCCUCUGCCGAGCAUCCCCGAGAAGGGAGACUUCGAUGUGUACUACAAGUACACGCUCUGA